AUGUUUAAAGGACCGAGCUUAGACUUAUCAUUGAUGAGUUGGAAUAUCUUAGCUUCUUGUUGGAUUAAUAAAGAAUCGUAUCCAACUUUGUACGAAUUAGCUGCUGACUAUCAAACUAGAAUGAAUACUAUUGCAUCACAAAUUUCUUCUCUUAACUGUAAUGUCACCAUACUUCAAGAAGCUCAAGAAAAUAUUAUUCCAUCACUCAAAGAAAAAUUGGGUGACAAUUACUUAUAUCAAUUUGCACCAAACAAUCCAACUUCAGCUUCAGUUGCUAAUGGACUUCUUACAUUGAAAAAAAAAGAUAAAAUAACGUUUUUCGAUAUUAUUCUCAAUUCAAAUAUUCUUGAUGAGAUUGUUUGA